CCACAAACAUGGGCACACACAUGUGGGACACAUAUGAAACAGUAGUUACUCGAGAGCAUUGAGGUUCUUGGGGAGGAGGCACAAUGGAUUGCCAGUUUGCCGUUUGUACAGAGCCAGGCCCUUGCUAAUCCAGCUCUUGUGCAGAUUUAGAGUGCCCCCCACCCCCAUCCUGUGGUUCAUUCUCUGUGGUUAAUCAUUCUCCAACAUGCAACUGCAGGGCCUGCAGAGCAAUGACUGUAGGGGGCCAGCACCCCUGCCCCCAGACACUGAGGUCCUUGUGCCUGUUGGGGGCACCUUGAGACUGGAUUUCUGUGGGGCCUCUGCCAGAUGUCACCUUCUCUGAAUCAUCCCAGAACACUGUUUAAAAUCAUAUUGCCCAUUACCUCUUCCCUGAUGCUCUCAACUUGUGCCUGCUUCAUUUUUCAGUAUGGUAGAAUGAUGUUUUCAUUAAACAUCGUUCCUAUUUUUCUGACAUAUUGAUUAUCUCCCCCUUUUAGAAAGAAAGCUCCUCUUGGGCAGGGGUUCUCAUCUGGAUUUGAUUGCUUCACCCACAGGACCCAGCAUGGAGAUGGCUUCUAGGAGCUACUCAGUUGCUGAUUGGGACAUGAAUGGAACAUGCCGUUCCUAUGAGGACUGCUGUGGCUCUAGGUGCUGUGUGCGGGCCCUCUCCAUACAGAGGCUGUGGUAUUUUUGGUUCCUCCUGAUGAUGGGAGUGCUCUUCUGCUGCGGAGCCGGCUUCUUCAUCCGCAGGCGCAUGUACCCACCACCACUGAUCGAGGAGCCUGCGUUCAACGUUUCCUACACCAGGCAGCCCCCAAACCCCACUCCAGGAACCCAGCAGCCGGGGCCACCAUAUUACACCGACCCUGGAGGACUGGGGGUGAAUCCUGUUGGGAACACCAUGGCAAUGGCUUUCCAAGUCCAACCCAAUUCACCCCAGGGAGGCACAACCUAUCCACCCCCUCCUUCCUACUGCAACACACCCCCACCCCCAUAUGAACAGGUGGUGAAGGACAAGUAGCGGACCCUGCCAGUGAAGGUGGAGAGGCUGGAUGGGCCUUUCUCAGGCUGUCCUCAUCCCCAUGGACAAUUGCUUCCAGGGGCAGUCCAAGGGAAAAUUCCUCUUUGAUAUCUUCAAAGCAAGCACAGCUUCCUUUCAAGUUUCCUGUGGAGGACAAUAUUUGAAUUCACACUGUGUCUUCUCUGUUGCUUCUGUUUCUGACUUGGUUUCUGAUGUAGUCUGUGCUCUCUGGAAGUGUGGUGACAGUCCCUAAGGGUUGGCAUUCUUAGGGUGGCAUGACCUGAUCCUCAGGGGAGAGGCAAAGAGGAGGAGAAGGCAAAGCCUGCGUGUGAGGGGGAAAGGAUGGAGGGGCUCAGCUGAGUUGGGUCCAAAGAAAAGGCCUACAGAGCGGCUGUCAGCUGCCCCAGCCCAUUCUUCCAGAAGAUGUUAGAGGAAUGAACAGAGUGGAACAAGCCCUUUGACACUAUUCUGUCUCCUCACACCCUGAAAAUAGGCUUCCCUCUACAUAGAGAAGAGUCCAGUAUGUGUCACUUCCACUGCAAGAUGAAGAUAAGAAUCAGGCCCAAGUUGUACAUCUGCAGCUAUCUGAAGCUCAGUAAGCAAAGACGUGAGAAAUCACUUCUGGCCCCAAACUGAGACACUGCAUUUUGUGAGCUCUUGGUCUGACUUGGAAAACAAAAGUUUCCCCCUUUUUUAGUGCAUUCAUGGAGGCGUGUAUGUAGUGUGUCCUGUUCUUGGAGAUCAGAUGAGGACUGUGUCCUUCCUGAUGUCAUUGCUCACAGGGCUCCCACACCCGUCUCCAAGGGAGCGCUGAGGGUGGCUUGACGAACACUUUCAGGGCAGAGGGACACAUCUGCCUGGAAAGUCAUGUCUACCAUUGAAGGGAGAGAGUGUGGCCAAGAUGGCUUAGUAGGGCACAACCAGCUUUGGUGAGCCUGAUUGUGUGGUGGUGUGUUUGAGAAACCCACCGAGUUUGUGCUGGGCUCUGAAGUGAGGGAGCUUGCUGAGAGAAAAAAGGAAAAGUACUGACUUGGUUGCACUGACCAUGGAAUCAAGAUUAGAAUAAAUAUGUGGUUGUAGAUGCAUAUCCCCAGGUAAGAAUCAUAGCUCACCCCAGGAUCUUAAAAGUAGUCAAGGGCAUUGUUGACAGUGAGUGGGAAGUAUUAUUGCUCUGCGUAGUAGUUAGUCACAUUUAUGUGUAUUUAAACUCAGAUUAAGACCUGACUUUGUCAUGUGUACUAAGAACAAAGCAGCAUAGCUGAGAGACCUAGAUUACUCUAUGUAGUAUUGUGGGGAGCGGGAAUGGGGGUGGGGGAGGUGUUUAUUUUUAAAAGAACGAAUCAAAGCAUUUUUGCAAAGUUGUCACUCAUUGAACUUGAGCAUCCAGACAUCUCACUGGAGUGUUUCAUCCUUUCACACCAAAAGGCAUGGUAUCCAUGCUCUGCUGGGGGUAUUUAUAUGGGUUAGAGGGUGAGGAAUAGGGAUGGCAUUUGAGAAGCUAUGUAAACUUAAACGAUGGACUUCUAGGCAUUUCCACAGAAACACCCAGGAAGAAACAAAGACUUUGGACACAGAUGCUUCCACAUGAGUCAGUGACUACUCUCCUGCGACCUCUGGCUUCCUGUCCUUGACUGCAAUACUUCCCUAUGCUCAAGUCCUUGUUUUAAAUGAGACGACAAAGCACAAUGUCUGCUGUUUACAACCAAGAUAAAUACAUGGGUCCAAACAUUUAUUCUCUCUCCAGGUCAUUUGUUUUGCAUUUUUAACUUCAGUUUCUUCCUUUAGUUUUUAAAAUAAAGCACACUCAGAGCUGCCCCUGAAAUGGGAUCAGGGUACAGCUGAAUCAAGGCACCCAGUGUCCAUGACUAAAUUUUGUUUAUCUUUUUAAUAGCAAAUAAGAAAUGGAACAACUGGUAGGGCUCAGCAAUUUUAUAUUCCCAUAUCUGCAUAAGAUAAAUUUUGUUUCCCAUUAACCUGGGUUAGAAUCUCGCCGAGGUGAACACUGGCGCUGCCUGUGGAAAUUCCACUUCUGGGGACAUUUCCUAGACAUUCUUGUCUCCUUUAUGCUGCUAGUGGGUCAUGCCCACCUCUUUGAGCGGUUCAAGUUCCUGUGUGCUAGAGUCCUGUAGAGCAGACCUGUGCAUGCUUUUCCUUGACAACACUUGGCUCAUGUCUUUUGCUCUCUUUUGGUAAGGUCCUUGUUCCUUUGUAUUCAGAAUAAAAAUAAAUUUGGUCAUGUGCUUUGAUUGCUUUUCUGGGGGAUGGGAAAGGGGUAGAGAUGACGUUUCUAGGGAGAGAGGAUGUGCAGUAAGUCCAGUCAUGAGUUCAUCCAGGAGGCGAGUUGGAUGGAUGAUGUUCCUAAUCUAGGCAGAACUGAAAAAUUAGAUGUUAACCAGGAAUAUAUGGUACUUUAGGUUCACCAACACGUUUUCAAAAAUCAGGUUAAGGAAAAUGUUGUCCAAGGCAAAUGGGGAGGAAGAAGUUGUAAACUUAUAGCUGAUACUGACACCAGUUAACUGGGAUACCGCUCUGUUUUUUAGUAGGUCAACCUUCACGUUUCAAUCCCAUUCCAAAGCCAGCACAGUGUUGUCCACACCUGUAGUCCCAGCUACUCAGGAAGCUGGGGCAGGAGAGUCACCUGAGCCCAAGAGUUCAGGGCUAACCUGGGCAAUAUAGUAAUAAUUCAUCUCAAAGAGGGGAAAAAAAGAAAGAAAAAAUUCCCACUCUGUAU